AUGAGCUCAGGUGUGCCCCAGGUGUGUUCAGAGGAGCUCAGGUAUGUUCAGGUGUGCUCAGGUGUGCCCCUAUCCCAUCCAGGUGUGCACUGCCCCACCCAGGUGUGCCCCUAUCCCAUCCAGGUGUGCCCAGCCCCACCCAGGUGUGCACCUGGAGCUCCCCAGAACCCUCAUCAGCCCAUCCUGGGCUCAGGUGAGUGCCCAGGUGAGUGCCCAGGUGAGCCCUCGCCGUGCCGGGGUCACACCUGGCUGCAGGUGAACCCUGGGGCUCCCUCAGUUCCUCCUCCGCGGUCGGCGACGUCACAGCUCAGGUGUGGCCGUGCUGGGGCCCCUCACCUGCGGCUCAGGUGCUGCAGUUUGGGGUCUACACCUGUCCAGGGGUCCCUCACCUGGGGCUCAGGUGCUGCAGAGUUUGAGGUCCACACCUGGCCGGGAUCUCCUCACCUGGGCCUCAGGUGUUCCUCUCCAGGUGCUGCAGAGUUUGGGGUCCACACCUGUCCAGGGGUCCCUCACCUGAGGCUCAGGUGCUGCAGAGUUUGGGGUCCACACCUGGCCAGGAUCUCCUCACCUGCAGCUCAGGUGUCACUCAGGUGUUCCUCUCCAGGUGCUGCAGUUUGGGGUCCACACCUGGCUGAGGUGCCCUCACCUGCGGCUCAGGUGUCGCUGUCCAGGUGCUGCAGAUUUCAGGGUCCACACCUGUCCAGGGGUCCCUCACCUGUGGCUCAGGUGCUGCAGUUUUGGGGUCCACACCUGUCCAGGUGUGCAGUUGCAGGGUUCCCACACCUGAGGCUCAGGUGUCGCAGUCCAGGUGUUACUGCUGCACCUUUUUGGGGUCCGAACCACAUUUUUGGGGUCCACACCUGUCCAGGGUCACACAUCUGGGGUUCCCACACCGGGGGCUCAGGUGACGCAGUCCAGGUGUUGCUGCUGCACCUUUUUGGGGUCCACAGGAGAUUUUUGGGGUCCACACCUGUCCUGGCUCACAGAUCUGGAGUCUUCUCACCUGGGGCUCAGGCUCACAGCUACCGAGUCCUUUCACCUGGGGCUUCAUCCACGGGGCUCAGGUGA